AUCGAAGGAAAGUGCUACGCGUGUUUGCUGUCAGUUUGUUUUGUCAAGUUUUCAGCAAUCUGUUAUUCUCGACGACUCGACGUACUUAUUUAAUAAAUUGUUCGUCAUUAUCCUCGAUUCACGGACUCUUCGUCACAAGUGUCUCAUGGUAUAUAUUAGUCUCUUGGUAAAUAUUCCACACAGGAUCAUCGGGAAAUAAAAAAGAGCUCCCUUGGGCUCCUUUUGUGGAAAUCUUGAAGUUGGAGAACAAAGAUGGAUCAGAGUCAGGUUGUGAAAACACUGUUAUGUCACUCUGGAUUGAACAUAUCUAAAACACUGUCAGGACUUGUAUCUGACUUGGAAACAUCACUGCAAACAGAAUUGACAUACCACUGUAUUGGUAACUUAUGUGAGAAAUUUCAAACUGUGAAGGAGCUACUAGGAGUCUGUAACUGUGACGAGUUUGCAGGGAGUACAACUGAGCAGUUGUCAGAAGUUAUUUCAAACAUUGUAUCUAAGGUGUGUCUUCCAGUCACGGCACUGAUACAUAUCUCACUGGAUGCAAGGCCUGAUUUUCUGGUAUUGUUGGGACAUGUUGGGCACAUCUUAGCAGAGUGUUCUAGACUGGAUCCCAGCACAUUGAUCGUUCUUCUCACAAAGAUUUCUGCACACAUUGACACAUACCUGAAAGAAAGGCCUACAUGCUUUGAUCUGGAAAAAGAUAGCUCCCUUGUGGAUAUUCACACACUACUUGAAGUGUUAAGAACAGUUUUAUCUAUGGUUCAUGUUUCUGUUUGUGAAAAAGACAAACAAGUGUCUGAGCUGACAAAAACAAUAUUUUUUCAAAUUGCAAAGGCAUUAGAUUUCCUGAGUGUUGAUUUGAUAGGUAGUGUGGCUAUCUCAGUGCUUAUAAGGUGCUUAAAAGUGAGCAUUGAAGCUGUAGACGUUUUCCUGGAGGUCAUUUGGGGUCAGGUUGUGUAUUUCUCAAGCCAUGAUGAUGAUCGCAAGCAGUAUCUCAUUCUGUGUGGAUUUGCCAAUCAUUUCUUUCCCACGAGUGGGAACUGUUCUGGAUAUGAUAUCAGAAGAAAGGUUCUCUUUUGGAAUAUUCUACAGAAUGGCCUUCAAAGUAAAGACUCUGUGAACAGAAAGAGGGCCUUGUAUUUACUCAAGAGGAUUGUAGACAUCUGUGAAAGCAUUGGUGCCAAUGUAGAAACAGAUCCUGAAAGUCUAACGCUUGGCAGCAAUGAGAAACAUAUUGAACAUCAUAGAGCUGUGUCUGAUAAAGGCAUAGCUGGAUUGGAGGACCAGUUUAAAGAAUUGAAUACGUUAGACAAGGAAAAUGAAGGUUCCAUUAAGGAUGUAAAGAAAGGGGUCACUAGUGCUGCCCCUUUCCCAGUGUUUUGGUGGCACCCCAGCAAGGGUGUGGCCCUUGCCAAGGUCUGGGAGGACUUCAUGCUAAUUGCUGAGGUCUUGGAGGAGAAACAGGUACAUGUCAUCCGACCACUUCUGCCUAGAGUGAAGAACCUGGUAAAGGCGUGUGAAGUGCCAGGCAAUGGUGGUCAUCCAUUGUUGCACACCUCCUGGUUGAAAUCAGUGCUGUAUAGAAGCUCGAGACACGAAAGUCUGCAGAUAAUGCGUUGGGCCUCUGACACGGUGCUCUCCCUUGACCUGAAACAAUGUCCUGUGCUGGAGCAAGGCCUGGAUGAGUACCUGACAGGAGAAAUGCUGUUUUCAUUGAGGGAAGCCAAGUUGUAUGUUAGAGAGCCAGGAAGUCCUGUAGGCUGCAUGCCGCCAAUUGCUGACAAACUGGUGCAGUUCUUCCAGGGCUGCUGGACCUCGCUUUCACCAGAACACAGAGGUGCCUAUUUCUGCAGGACCAUUCAGAAUGUCUGUGAAGGGGAGUGGGGUCCCAUCCCCCUGGUGUUCAUCUGUCGAGGGCUCGCCAGUCUCCCAGCAGCACCUUGCCUUGAUAAAACAACUGUCCUUGCCACCAGGAAGCUUCUCACAGGAUAUCUGGUUGCUGUGGAAACCUAUUUCAGAGGAAUCAUUCAAGUCUAUACAGUCCGAAUCCUGCUGAAGCUGAUUGAUAAAAACAAGGUGUCUUUAGAAGACUUUCUUCAGAUUCUGACGCUGGUAAAGCGAGAUGAAUGCUUCCUCAAGGGCACAAAGAUUUGGCAGGAGACUGUGGACUUCUUGGCAGGGGAGGAAAUCUCUGACCCCAACUCCAAGGGUGUGGCCUAUGAAGCAAUUGGUACAGACAUUGGCCCCGCCUCCAGCUGGACUGGUCCAGGAGUAAAGGCAAUCUUGGAGCAGGGGCUGACCAAAUAUCUGGACACUGAACUAGAUUCCAGAUAUAGCUCUGCUGACCACAUACCUGCACUAACGGUUGCUAGGUUACUCAUGCUCACUGCCAACGAAUCUAUGGCAACCAAACUCAGAGAUGAAUGCCCCUGUGCAACCCUGAGGCAGGCCUGCCAGAAGAUUGCAGGGAUUGUAAACGCCAUCAACAACCAUGUGUACAUGUCUCAACACAAGGCGGACAAGGCCAUCUUGUUACUUCACUUGCUUAGACUGGAAAUGGGUCUUAUUGGAAUGGACAAGAUGGAUCCGGCAUCCUUGGUGAUUCAGGACACUGUCACAACUUGUCGAGAUGAACUGCUGGUGUAUAUCAGCAGACGAACUUUGGAGGACUUGAAAGAGAUGGAUGACGUCCCUUUGUUGGACCUCUAUAUGGACAGUAUUGAUAUGGUAGCAAGGGCAGCUACUCUGUCGCCAGUGAAGUUUACAAACCUUGUAAACACAUGCACAACUUGCCUGUCAAGAUUGGCAGUGGAACAGAGUUCAACAUUGCACAGAAAGUUGCAACAAUUAAGCUGUAUGAGCAUUAUGGGUGCUGUUGCCAAUUUCCUGUCAUGUGACACAGCAAAUCAGAGGUACUUGUCAGUGAUUGGUCAGUUUAAGGAGUUCCUUCAAAAGUGGACAAUAAUGACAAGUUUUUCAAAACCUACAGCAGAAAAAAGCCUUAGCCAGCAAGAAUGGGGCAAGCUGGCCUCCCAGUUUCUUCAGAACCAGUGGCAGGUUGUCAUGGUAACCAUAGUUAAAGGUGGAGCCCCUUGGUGUGCUCUGACUGAGUUACUGCCCCUUGCCAUUGAAACACUGUCCGUGGGUGUAGAAGAGACAGCCAUUGUUGUGCUAAAGUGUUUGAGACAGAUAAUACCCAAGGUUGUAUCAGAAGGGAGCUGUCCAGAUGCAAGUUUAUGUCAGAUUCUCGAAAGCUCCUGGGCGUGUGUGCAGGAAGCUCGCAGAAUCCCCUCGUUUUGGAAUGUUUUAGAAGCAUUUGUGCAGGUCGCUUACCUCCCUUGUCUGCUCUCUUUUCCCAAAGAUUCUCUGGUCAUUCAAAUCUGCGGAAUUAUGCAGAUAAGCUGA